CCCUUCGAUCCUUAUUGAAAAAAGAAAACCCUUAAAUCCCUAACAUUUCUCAACUCUCAACACUGCCGCCCGUCCCCUCCUCCUGCCCCCGCGGCAUCUCCGCCUCUCCCUCAGGUACAGCGGCGCUUCUCCAGCCGAUCCUCCCUUUGCUCCUGACGCUGUCAACGUCGUUGCUGCGACUGGUCCUCGUUGCUGCGUCCGUUGGUCCUGGUUGCUUCUUUGCUCUCCUCCGCCGCUUCCUCUGGCCCUAGUCGCUGCAUCUGCUGGUCCAGUCCUUCUGACGUCCGGUGCUGCUCGUUAACGCUGGUCCUCGUUCUAAAUCACGCCGCCGCUGCUCGUUGCCGCGUCUUCAGUCACUGCAGACUUUGAUGGAUCUGGAGACGGAGAACAGAAUAGCUGCAAUUCUUCUGAAAGAAGCUGCAGAACUGCGGCGACAAGCUGAGAAGGAAGGUGUUCAUGUUUAUCUUCAAAAACCUCAAGUAAGGGGUCGCCCAAAUUCCCGGUUCCUCACAGCAACUGUUCUUGGAGUCCAGCAAGCAAAUCGAGCCGUGGAGGUCAAUGAGAUGUGGCGAGUCCGGCAAAAAGAGAUCGAGCUAGAUGAUAGGCUUAAGGGGAGAUCAAGACAUGAGAAUGGCAGCAGCACAAGUAAGAGGCAUGCUAGAAUUAAUGACAACACCGGUGCAUCAUGUUCCUCGAGUAAAAGAAUAUCUGGGAACUCCUAUUCCAAACAAGAUGAAGGCUUAAGGGAUGAUGAGGUUGAGGAAUUUUUGCAUUCGAGGUUCAAGCGCGGGCGAGGUGCAGUGGGUUCAAGGAUGGAUGAAACUGGACCUUAUCUUUUGCCUUCUCCAGAAGCCAAGGAAAAGCCACCCACCAUCCUGGACUCAAUGAGGGAACAUCGUGUUGUUCUAGGUCCAGAGAGGCCCUCAUCACUAAAAUCUCAUGAAUCUUCCGAGGAGGAUCUUGAUGAAGAUAGGAGGAAGAAGGCAAAGAAGGUUCAGUCGAGGAGUUCAGAUGAGAAGCACUCUAAGAAGCAUAGAAAGAAGGAAAGGUCUAGGGAUAAGAAAAAGAACAGGAAGGAGAAAAGAAGCAAGCACUAACAUAUUCCUCUCUGAUUCCAUAUUUUCAGAAGUUAAUUGUGAUGAAUGUGACAAACACUGAGUUGUAAAUUUAUGUGUACUCAAAUUGAAUAUGAUGCUUAACACAGUGCUGGUGUGCACCUCCUGAUGCCAUUCUCUUGGAUUAGGUCCAUGAGGAUGUAUUUCGAAUUCGAAUGUGUACUGAAGUUAAAUUUAGGAAAAGAUGUAUAUUUUCAAUACUCAGGUAAAUUGCUUCAGCUAAGCGUGUCGUCAUACAGAACCAGGUUGUAAUCAAUGUUUAUAUCUUUUAUAUUAUCUACGGUGAGAUCUUUUUUAUUUC